GGUCUCUCUUCAAACAAGAGAAGGUUGCGCACAUUUAAUCCUUCUAAGAUCCCACAACAUUGAGAAACUUGUGCACUGGGCUUCGGAAAUAGUUCAUCGUUGUUGAAGGGAUCACAGGAAAUGGGGAACAAAGAUGGCAUGUUUCGAUAUGCUGACACAGUGGACAAAUUGUUGAUGUUUUUUGGUACUUUAGGUAGCAUUGGGGAUGGUUUGCAGAUCCCUCUCAUGAUGUUUGUUCUCAGCGAUGUGAUCAACAACUUUGGAAACCUCAAUGACAAAGUAUCUACUAGUUCUGUGAACAAGUAUGCACUGAGGCUGCUAUACGUUGCAAUUGGAGUUGGAUCAGCUGCAUUUGUCGAAGGAUUGUGUUGGGCAAGAACAGCUGAGAGGCAGACUUCUAGAAUGAGAUUGGAGUACCUGAAAUCUGUGCUUAGGCAAGAAGUUGGUUUCUUUGACACCCAGUCAGCUGAUUCUUCCACUACUUACCAAGUUGUUUCAACAAUUUCCUCUGAUUCCAGUACGAUCCAAGUCACCAUAGGCGAGAAGAUACCUGACUGCCUUGCUUACAUGUCCUCCUUCUUCUUCUGCCUCAUAUUUGCCUUCGUACUGUCAUGGAGGCUCACAUUGGCUGCUCUCCCAUUCACUUUACUGUUUGUUGUCCCUGCUCUUGGAUUUGGAACACUUAUGAUGAAUGUAGUAAUGAAGAUGAUUGAAUCCUAUGGAGUCGCUGGUGGGAUUGCAGAACAAGCAAUUUCUUCAAUAAGAACUGUAUAUUCCUAUGUUGGAGAGCGUCGUACCCUUGAUAGGUUCAGUCAUGCACUUCAAGAUACUAUGGAACUAGGAAUAAAGCAAGGUUUGGCAAGAGGAUUGAUGAUGGGGAGCAUGGGAGUUAUAUAUGUUAGCUGGGCUUUUCAGGCUUGGGUUGGGUCAGUUCUGGUUACCAAAAAAGGAGAAAGAGGUGGCCAUAUUUUUGUAGCUGGAUUUAAUGUCCUCAUGGCAGGAUUGAAUAUUUUGACGGCACUCCCUAAUCUUACUGCCAUCACGGAGGCAAAAGCUGCUGCUACUCGUAUGACUGAGAUGAUUGACCGGCUACCAGCCAUAGACUCUGAAGAUAAAAAGGGGAAGGCUUUAUCAUAUGUGAGAGGGGAAAUUGAAUUUAAAGGCAUCUAUUUUAGUUACCCAUCAAGGAUUGAUACCCCAAUCUUGCAAGGUUUAGAGCUUAGAGUACCAUUUGGCAAGACUGUGGGUCUUGUUGGAGGCAGUGGUUCUGGCAAGUCCACGAUAAUAUCAUUACUUCAAAGAUUUUAUGACCCAAUAGAAGGUGAAAUUCUCUUGGAUGGAUACAAGAUAAACAAACUUCAUCUUAAAUGGUUGAGAUCCCAAAUGGGUCUGGUCAAUCAAGAACCAAUCCUGUUUGCAACAUCCGUAAAAGAGAAUAUAUUAUUUGGGAAGGAGGGAGCAUCAAUGGAAGAUGCAGAACAAGCAGCGAAGGCUGCAAAUGCGCAUAACUUCAUUACCGAGUUACCAGAUGGAUAUGAAACACAAGUAGGGCAAUUUGGAGUUCAAUUGUCUGGAGGGCAAAAGCAAAGAAUAGCUAUAGCAAGGGCUUUAAUAAGAGACCCAAAAAUCUUGUUACUUGAUGAAGCUACAAGUGCUCUGGAUGCACAGUCUGAAAGAAUUGUACAGGAAGCAAUCAAUCAAGCAUCAGUAGGGAGGACAACAAUUGUCGUAGCUCAUCGUCUCUCCACAAUUAGAAUGGCUAAUCUGAUAGUGGUUCUUCAAUCAGGAAUAGUGGUAGAAUCAGGUUCACAUGAUGAACUAAUGCAAAUGAAUGGUGGGCAAGGUGGUGAAUACUUCCGAAUGGUGCAGUUGCAACUGUCAACGACUCAAAAUGAAGUUGAAAGUAACUUCAAUCAUCAAGCCGAUAAAAGAAAUCAUUACAAGAUGAGUGCUCCACCAAGCCCACUCAGUGUGAGGUCAAGUGCACCAAGCACACCAGCAUUGUAUCCAUUCAGCCCAGCAUUUUCCAGGAGCGCACCUUUCUCUGCUCCAUACUCUGUCCCCUAUGAUGAAUCUUAUGAAAGUGACGAAGAUGAUAUUAAGCAGACAUCGUAUCCCACUCCGUCCCAAUGGCGUUUGCUCAAAAUGAACGCCCCUGAGUUGGGAAGAGCCUUGCUUGGAUGCAUAGGGGCUAUAGGCUCUGGAGCAGUUCAACCAAUAAAUGCCUACUGCGUGGGAGCACUUAUAUCAAUUUACUUCCACAGAGACAAAUCCUCCAUCAGAUCUGAUGCAAGAGUCUACUCUUACGUUUUCAUGGGCCUUGGAGUAUUCAGCUUCUUUACGUCUCUCAUCCAACACUACAAUUUUUCAAUAAUGGGAGAAAAAUUGACCAGAAGAGUACGGGAGAAACUGCUUGAAAAGAUGAUGACUUUUGAGAUUGGCUGGUUUGACCAAGAUGAGAACACAAGUGCAGCCAUUUGUGCCCGGUUAUCAACCGAAGCUAACAUGGUUCGCUCCCUUGUUGGGGACCGUAUGUCAUUGCUUGCUCAAGCAUUCUUUGGGGCUACUUUUGCUUAUGCACUAGGACUUGUGCUUACAUGGAGGCUAACCUUGGUGAUGAUGGCAGCCCAACCAUUACUUAUUGGAAGUUUUUAUUCUAGGAGUGUUCUGAUGAAGAGUAUGUCUGAAAAAUCUCAAAAAGCACAAAAAGAAGGAAGCCAAUUAGCUAGUGAAGCUGUCAUCAACCAUAGAACUAUAACUGCCUUUUCUUCUCAGAAGCGAAUAUUGGGACUCUUUAAGGCCACCUUGGAAGGCCCGAGGAAGGAGAGCAUUCGACAAUCUUGGUUUGCAGGUUGUGGCUUGUUUAGCUCCCAAUUUUUGGCAGCAGCUUCUACAUCGUUAGCUUAUUGGUAUGGGGGCAAACUAUUAUCACAAGGAUUAAUAACUCCGGAGCGACUUUUUCAAGCAUUUUUGGUAUUGCUGUUUACUGCUUAUACCAUUGCUGAGGCAGGAAGCAUGACUAAAGAUUUAUCUAGAGGAAGCAAUGCUGUCCGUUCAGUGUUUGAAAUUUUCGAUAGAAAUAGUGAGAUCGAUCCAGAAAACUCAUCGGGAGUUGAUGCUGUAAGAACAAAUAUUAGGGGCCGUGUAGAGCUGAAAAAUGUGUUCUUUGCUUAUCCAUCAAGGCCGGACCAGUUGAUCUUUAAGGGCCUAAGCCUUAAAAUUGCAGCAGGAACGACAGUAGCACUGGUGGGGCCGAGUGGUUCUGGCAAAUCUACUAUUAUUGGGCUCAUUGAAAGAUUUUAUGACCCAAUAAGAGGAUCAAUAUACAUUGACGAGCGGGACGUAAAGGAUUAUAAAUUGAGAAGCUUGAGGUCGCAUAUUGCAUUAGUUAGUCAGGAACCCACCCUCUUUGCAGGAACUAUCAAUGAAAACAUAGCCUAUGGGAAGGAGGACGCUAAGGACUCUGAGAUAAGGAAAGCUGCAAGGCUUGCCAACGCACAUGAAUUUAUAAGUGGAAUGAAAGAUGGAUAUAAAACUUAUUGUGGUGAAAGAGGGAGUCAGCUAUCAGGAGGUCAAAAACAAAGAAUAGCACUAGCUCGUGCAAUACUGAAGAACCCCUCAAUCCUACUGUUAGACGAGGCAACCAGUGCACUUGAUGGUGUAUCAGAGAGCCUAGUUCAAGAAGCCCUUGAAAAGAUGAUGGUGGGUCGAACAUGUAUUGUCGUGGCACACAGGCUAUCCACAAUACAGAAAUCUGAUUCCAUUGCUGUGAUCAAGGAAGGGAAAGUUGUCGAGCAAGGCUCACAUUCUGAGCUACUAUCAUUGGGACGUGGUGGAGCAUACCAUUCCCUCGUAAAGCUACAAGACAGCAGCUCUCCUUACCGGUGAAAAUGCAGCUGUUGUGUGUUGUGUACCAUAUUCUAUACAUCCUGUUUCGGAAAUAUAAAGGUUGUCUGAGUUUUCUUUUGUUUGUAAAUCAUAAAAGGAAACUGGCUUAAAUUGGGAGAAUGAAUGCCAAAUUCCAUUAGCAUGGCUA